GUUUCAGUUUAGAGAAACAAUCGUUGUAACAUGCGGAUAUUGUUGUUAGUGUUAUUGUCUUUUGGUGUAUCUUUUGCCGAAAUCGAGGAGUACUCAUUAUCGCGAGAAGAAUGUCGAGACUCAGGUUUCAUUCCUGAAGAAUUGAAAUGCUCUUCUUGCUCACAACUCACUAAGUUUAACUUGGAGAUUUUGCUUUCUGAUUGUAAUGCUUGCUGUACGAAGGAUGAAGAAGACAAACACGAUAAGUACCCUAUGGCUGAUAUAGAAAUAUGUGAAUGCAAUCUCGGUCGCUUUCCACAAGUACAAGCCUUUGUUCGAGAGGACAUGGCAUCGUACUGGGCAGGAAAGGUACGAAUACGUCAUGUGAGGGGCGUUUUGCCUACCAUAAAGCUCAAGGACAAAUCAGGCAUUACUAGGCCGGUAAUAGUUGCGUGUAAAAAUUGGCCAUUCCUAAUCCCACUCUCGCCAAUCUAACAAGCAAAUAUUGUCUUCGACGCAAGAACUCAAUAUUAGCCGUAAAAUCUACAAACAGAUUAUAUAUCAGGUCAUUUUGUUGAUUUCUUUUGAUCUUAUCUAAUGUCUUACUGUUGUGUUUGUUUUCAUUUUUUUUUUCAGCCCCUAGAGUAUGAAUUCAUGUUUUCCUGAGGUUUAUGGGUUUUCGUGAUCGCGUACUUGUCGAACUUUAAAUUAAUAAUUUUCUUUGUUGAUUGUGGUUUUGUAUGUGUGAUAAAAAGUUCUGUUCUUUAAGAUGUGUU